AUGUCAGAAUACUCGAAUAUAAAAGCAAAUGUACCAACAGAAAUACCAAGUAAAAAUGGAAAGGAAGUAGAAUUAGAAGAUGACACAAAUCAAAUUAAUCUGGAGAAUAUUACAACGUCGCAAGUAAUAACUGGACCACCACCACCAUCACCACCAUUUGACCCCAUAAAAAGAAUCAACGAUGGGUUUAAAUACUUCAAGCUCAACGAGUUCAACAAAAAUAUGCCUGCCUACCGUAAAUUGGCCGACAAAGCGGAACCCAAGUUUCUAAUAUUUGCUUGUUCGGACUCCCGAGUUUGCCCAAUAACUAUCCUGAACCUGCGACCCGGGGAAGCUUUCAUAACCCGUAAUAUUGCCAACAUGGUCCCUGUAUUUAAUCAGCAAAGGUACUGCGAAGUUGGUGCUGUUAUUAAAUAUGCAAUCUUAGUUUGCAAGGUUGAGGCCAUUUUAGUCUUUGGGCACUGUCGAUGUGGUGGAAUUGAGAGACUCGUAUGUCUUCCUGAUGGAAAAACUUCAUCACCUGACUCGGUAGAUGAUUGGGUUAGCAUUGGUAAGCCUGCUAAGGCAAAGGUGGUUGGAAAGAAUCCAAAAGCAUCUGGUCUUGAACUUCGAACACUUGUUGAGAAGGAGUCAGUGAUGAAUUCAUUGGCGAAUUUACUAACCUACCCUCAGGUUAAAUCUGGAGUAACCAGUAACAAAAUCAAACUAAUUGGUGGACAUUAUGACUUUGUUUGUGGACAUUUUGACAUCCUUGGGACUCGAUCUUAAUCAAUCAACAUAUAAAUCGAAUGAAGUUUAAUGGAGUCAUUAAUAUCAUCCGAUAUAUUC